GUCGAUCUCGCCGGCAGCGAGAACAUCGGCCGUUCCGGCGCCGUGGACAAGCGAGCUCGCGAGGCGGGAAACAUCAACCAAUCGCUACUGACGCUGGGCCGAGUGAUCACCGCGCUGGUGGAGAAGAGGCCUCACGUCCCGUACAGAGAGUCCAAACUCACCAGAAUCCUUCAGGACUCGCUGGGAGGGCGGACCAAAACCUCCAUCAUCGCCACCGUGUCGCCGUCGUCCAGCAACCUGGAAGAGACGCUGAGCACCCUCGAGUACGCCAGCAGGGCCAAAAACAUCAUGAACAAGCCCGAGGUCAACCAGAAGCUCACCAAGAGGACGCUCAUUAAGGAAUACACCGAGGAGAUCGAGCGUCUGAAACGCGACCUGGCCGCCACCCGGGACAAGCACGGAGUCUACCUGUCCUCGGAGAACUACGAGAGCAUGGUGGCUCAGAUCACCGCCCACGAGGAGCAGGUUACAGAGUACAACGACAAGAUCGCCAUCGUGGAGGAGGAGCUUAAGAAG